UCACUUAAAAUUUAUAAAUAAAUAUUUCAAAUAUACAAUGGAUUACGUAUUCGCAAAAGAAAGUAAUAAUGAAAACUUUUUGUCAAAAAAUAAUAGAAAAAUUUUAAAUAUUUGUAUCCCAAAAAUAAGUUGUUUACAACUUCACAUGUUUACUGAUUUCUAAUCAGUAAUCUCUGUAGCAUUGCGGUUUAAAAAAAUCCUGAACAUGACUUAUUAGCUUAUCAAUGUUUUACAUACAUUUCUUUCAUACGCGUAUUUCAUACACAUUCUUAUUUCUAUUGCAAGUACGAGUACAAUAGCUGCGUGCUAUACUACCAGUGGAGGAUUUUAACGGUCGUCGUGUGCUGAACGUACGCACGAUAUCUAUAAAUACGCAAGGGAAAAUACUUAUCUACCCCACCGGUUGGCGGGUACAACGCAUUCAACAUAUGAUUGUACGCUACAGGGUGUUUACGCACGUAUAUCAACAUCAAAGUCCUUUCGUUCCUAUUGGAUUCCUCGCGUUUUUGAAAACAUGCGGUGUGUUUCAUAUGCAGCUGUGUUCCCUUCGUCAAUUCCGUCGGUUACGCAUGCAUUAUUCGAUGCGAAGGGCCCGUUAGCAAAUGGGCGCACGCCGUAUAGACCCUCAACAUCAACCGUCGAAUUCACCAUUUCAGUCAUUCAGUCGUUGCGUAGCCACGCGCGAUGCAACAUCCGCCAAAUUCAAGCCAAUUUACAUUUUAACGGUUUUUAUUUUACGCGGCAUACGAAAUAGUUUGAAAAUUUUGUGAAUUAAAAUUUAUCAGUGAAAAAAAAUGUCGCGACCAAAGAAACAAGGUUCUUAUACGAAUCCAGCGUUUUGUCAACAAAGUGAAUUCUUCGAUUCGCGGUGUAAAAGUCCCCAAAGAAGACAAUCUCCUGUCGGAGCACAAACCGUGCAUAUUCUGGACACAUCAAUCCGAAGCAUUCAAGAGGAACCUUUACCGCCAAGACCUUCAACGGCCAAUUCAGUGCGAUCCCACUAUGAAGUCGAGGAAUGUGAUGAAGAACAAGAGUUUUACGAAGAGAUGAUCGUUGAUGAUCGUGGAGCUAUCCAAGAAAAGAAGUUUGUUGUUGUCCAUCAACAACAUCAGAGUAUUCAAAGCAGUCCUGGUAGACUAGAUUACAUUCCACUACAAAAGCAACAACUUCAACAACAACACGCACAAAAUACUACACGUGGAAGAUCCAGAGUUGCUUCACCUCCCAAAGUUUUAUAUCAUGAAGAAGUCGAUGCUUCAACUGGGAGAUUACAUCGUUACGCGACCAUACCAACUGAUGAUGAGUUGGAUGAUGAUGAUGAUGAGUGUGAGGAAGCUCAUGAAGUUGAAGAACACGAAAUACCACCACAGCAACCACCACAACAACAGCAGCGACAACAUUUCGCGUUGGUUCCCGUUUCGGAGAUUAAAAACAACAAGCGCUACGCUGUUAUUACCCAGGAGGAUAUUGCGAAUGCUUCUAGACCGGUUACAACAAUGGCGAGACCAAGUCCCAGGCUUAGUCCAAUGCCUAGUCCUGUAAGACUCUAUCCGCAACACGUGGUACCAACAUCAGGGCCAUCAAUACCUACUCAAGUACCAGUUCAACUUCAACGUAGACCAGCACCCAAUCCACUUGCCACACAAAAACUUCAUGAAUUAUUAACAACGCCGAAGAAAAAUGUGCCUGUGUCCGCCAUGUCGCCAUUAUCUCCAAUCUCACCUAUACAACCUAUCCGGGGUAGUUUAAGGAAUACACCGCCACCCAGAGCGCAACAAAAGUUGAAUUAUACGAUUGGUAGCCGCCCACUUGCAAAAGGGGCAACUGCUUCACAACCGGUUGAUAAAAGGCACACCGCCAUUGUUGCUCCAAUUUGUUCCAGUCCAGUGCAGACUGUUUACCAUGAAACUACUUUCACGGAUAAGAUGGAUCCGGAUGGGGUUGUCUGCAAGAGUAAUCCUGCACAGAAAACAAUUGCUGUUGCUGCGUUUAUGAUGAUUUUAUGUGGGGCAGUCACAACUGGAUUGUCAAUUUAUAUGAUUUCUUAUUUGGGAAGAAAUUAUUAUCUGGAUUUUGGUAUUUUGUCGGGUUCUAUUUGUUUCAUGUUGGGGUUGUUGGGAUUCAGAUCAAGACAAGUUUAUUGGUUGCCUAAUCGAAAUUAUAUUUCCGGUUAUUUUGUACUGAGCGUUUUCAGUCUGUUGACGUGCUGUGGAUUGUUGGUACUGCUCGUCACGCAACCGCGACCCGGCACGCUGCUGGCGGACAUGACUUCCGGCGCCGUGUGUGGCAUUUCCGGUCUCUCACUGGGACUGGCGGCCAUUGGUUUAUUGGCGUCGUAUUGCUGCAACGUGCCGCCGCCAGACAAUCGCGUGCAGCAUUGUGCACCCGGAUUUACCGUUUGAGGGCAACACGCUUCAUCGAUUUCUAAUUAAGUAAUUAACCAAAUAUAUAUUUUUAUUCUUGAACUCAAGCAAGAACGGGAUCCAAAGAAUUACUGCUACAUACUUUGUUUGUACAUAAUACGCGAUUUAGUUGAUAAGAUUAUUUAAUAUAUUGUAAACAUUAAUAAUGUAUAAUUUAUACCGUCUUAAGUGUAUUCUUAACUAGAUUAUGAAUUACGAAUAUAGCUUUUGUUAUUGUUUGCAUGGCUGUCAUUAAUAUUUAAUAUAAUUUAAGGAUAUGUACUUAUUGUGUUAAAUCAGGACAAUCAAUAUGGAUUAUUGAGCCUUAUUA